AUGCCGAGCCUCCGGAGGCGGCACAGCACCAAUGGGAGGGACGACGGAGGCCCGGACGAGCCCGUUCCAGAGCCUCGGAAGGGCCAAGUUUCGGCAGGCUCGGAUGCCGGCCCUGAGGUUCCGCAUCGGCGGCCGUUUUAUUCCGCAUCGUUCGGGUAUGUGAGCGAAAGGAGGAGGAGCUUCGAAGAGGAGGAGAGAAAUAUCCACCGCAGCGGCAGUAGCAGUAAUGGCCCCGCCAGCGGCGGAAGCGGAAGCAGGAAAAACUCCGCGCAUUCCGCGUCUCCGGAUAAUGACCACCGCGGAAGCACGGACCCGGAGCCCGCGCGCAGACCCAGCAUGUUCCGCCACGCGCGCCCGAAAACUCCAGAGAAGCCGCAGUUUCCGGAGAGAAAGGCCAUGUCUGAGUCGUUCUCUUCCGGCGGCUCCAGCCGCCAGGCAGACUUCUUUCCCCCGCCGUCGCGCGCGGCCGCCAUCGCAGCGGAGAAGAAACGGCAGGCGAAGGCGCGCGGGGAGGGGGGGCUGGGGGGGAUCAGGGGCGUGUUCUCCCGCAGCAGUAGCAUCGCUUCUCGCAGCAGCAGCAGCGGCGGCGGCGGCGGUGGUGGCGGGAAGGUGGGUAGCAGCGGCGAGAGUAGCAGAAGCGGGGGGGCCGGGUUGGGUCAGAGCGGAGGGGGGGGCAUGAUGAGGCGCUCUAGUAGCAGCCUCACCUCGCGGAACAAGAGCAGCGGUUACGGCAGCAGCAGUAGCAGCAACAGCAUCAGCAUUAGCCACGCCAACGCCAACAGCGGCAGCAGCGGCAAGAAACCGGAGGGCUGUAACGAGGAUAGCUCGUCUGAUUCGUUACAGGUGUCAGAGGGAGGAGAGGAUAUGCACGAGGUUCUCCCCGUGCCUGCCCUGCCUCGGAUCCGAACCAACGCCGCCUCGCCGAAGCGGGCGCUCAGCCGCAGGCUCGGGCUAUCGCUGAAGCUCCCCCAGGGGCGGAACGGGGCGAGCGGGGAGGGGGAACGCGGGGGCGAAGGGGGAGCAAUGGGGGGAGUAACCGGGGUAGAUGGGGAAUGGGAGAGGGAAGAGCUGGCGCGGGCGUAUGGGAAAGGGGAGCUGGCGCAGCGGCUUAAGGCCCGAGGGGGGUCUUUGAAAGGGUGUUUUUUUCCGCCCCUGUCCCCGACAAUGGCUGACGCGUUACAAGGAGAGGAGAUUCGCGAGCGCGUUCACCGUCUGCACAGUCUGCAGCUGCGGCGGGAAGAGCGGAAGGCGCUGCGGAGCAGUGGCGGGGAAGGGGGCGUUGGGGCGGGCGGAGGGCGGAAGGGGGAGAGGAAGGCGGAAGGGGAUGCGGAAAGGGGGAUGGCGGAAGGUGAGGCAGACUGCGAGGGUAGGCUGGGCAGAGCAGAGAGAGCGGAGAGAGCGGAGAGGGCGGAGAGGGCGGAGAGGGCGGAGAGACCGGAGAGAGCAGAGAGGGCGGAAAGGGCGGUGGGGGCGGAGAGGGGGAGCGACUCGAGUGAGGAGUCGAUAGCAUUGAGUGAGGAGGCGCACGGGAGCGGGCAGGGAACGGACGAGGCUAGGACAGUGAUUCAGGCGAUUCUUGAGAAGCGCCGGCAGAUCAAGGAGCAGCGCAAGGCGGCUGCGCGGGCGGAAGGGACGCGGGGGGAAGGGCCGCGGGGAGGAGAGCCGGUUAGGGAAGGGCCGCGGGGGGAAGGGCCACGGGCGGAAGCGCCACGGGCGGAAGUGCCUCGGGGGGAAGAGUUACUGAGGAGGGGGGGCGGGGAAGAAGAGGGGUUCGGGGCGGAAGAAGCGGAGACGGGUGCCAGGGCGGAAGGUUGGGGGACGGAUGUAGCAGUUCGAGGUUCGGGUGACAGUAUGGAGAGUGAUUUAAACGGUGGUGGCGCGGGUGGCGUCACGGAAGGUCGGAUUGGCCGAAUGGGCACUGAUGCGGAACCUGCUGGUCCUAUGGUGGGUGGUACGAGGGAGAGCAUGAGGGAUGGGGAGAAGAAGCAGGAAACUGAAAUGGAGGGGAAUGGGGGGGAAGGGGAGAAGAAAGAGGAGAAGGAGAAGGAGAAGAAGGAGGAAGAGGAGGAGGAGGAAGAAGAGGAGGACGGCUGGGAGAGCCCAGAGCCAAUAGAGCGAUCGAGCACGUGUGACGGGCGGAUAGGGGGCAGUCGGGACGAGGACCAGUGGCUGCGAGUCCGAGAGGCAGCCGCCGCUGCUGCUGCUGCAAGAAGAGCUGCUGCGUUGGGGGGCGGAGGAGGGGUGAGGGCUGGGGGGUGGGGGGAGAGAGCGCUUGGGUCAGCGGGAGCAGGGCGAGUGGAGGGUAGUGGGACCCCCCCUCGAGCGCCACACCAUGUGGCGGGUGUGCCCCCACGCCCGCCCAGCCGCGCGCAGGAGGAGGGUGGGGAGCGCAGGAGGCGGAGAUUCGGGUCGUUUGGGUCGUCUGUGGCAGAGGAUGAUUCCAGUGGCAGUGACGCUUACUGCAGCCCUGUGCGUGCAGGCUCUUUGGGUUCUGUCCCUGCUGCUGCUGCAGUUGCAGGAGCCAUUGCUGCUGCGGGUGCUACUGCCGCUGCAGGUGCCAUAGCUGCUGCGGGUUCAGUCUCAGGUGGUGCUGCUGCUGUGAUUGGUGGCAGCAGAGGCAUAGGAGGAGCGAAUUCCGCUCAAUCUCCUCUGUUUCGGGACCUCUCCAGAACCUCCUCCGCCUCUCCUGUUAGCCGCGCUGCUCUGGAAGCUCUCGGGGCUGGUUCGGGGGGAGGCUCGGGCGGAGGCUUGGGGGCAUUGGGAGUGGGAAGGUCCGGACUAGACAGCCCGCUUGUGCGGAAGAAGAGAGACCAGCAGCAGCAGAGGCAGCAGCAGCGGCGGCGGUCGUUUGGUAGCAACCCGGAGCAGGGCCAGGAAGGGACAGACGAGGAUGGCACCAGUGGCGCUGAUACCAAUGCGGGGGGGUUAGAGGCUAGAGAGGCUAGGGACCCGUGGGCCAACAUGGGCGAGUGGGAGGGUAGAGUGGAGCUUGAAGAAGCAGAAAGGAGUGGAGAGGCGGAGGCAGGGGCGUGGAGGGAAGGGGAGGCGGAGGAGGAGGAGGGGCAUUUGACGAUAGUCCAGAGGGCUCGCUCCCCUGCCCCCAUGAGGGGGGAACACCUCUCCUCCUCGCUUGACUCUUCCUCAGGGCUGUAUAGCCCCUUCCCGCGUGCAUCCUCGUCCUCCCCGCUCCAGUCGCCGCUGCUGCGGUCGCCGUCGUGUGGCGUGCAGUUUGACCACCAGCCGGUGAUCCCGCUGCUGCUGCCCGCGAGGCUGAAAUCGCCCAUGCGGAGGAGCAAGCACGGGCGAGGGCGCGAGGCGCAGAGAGACGGGCAGAGGGAGGGGCUGAACCGAGGGCAUGGACAGGGAGAGGCGCAGAGGGAGGGGCAGAACCGAGCACAGGAGCAGGGAGAGGGGCAGGGAGAGGGGCAGGGAGAGGGGCAGGGAGAGGGGCAGGGAGAGGGGCAGGGAGAGGGGCAGGGAGAGGGGCAGGGAGAGGAUGGUGAGGAGAGGAGGGGAGAGGGUGGGGGUGCUGACAUGCAGUUUGUCCCUCCCAGCAGCAUGCGGGGCAAGGUGGGCGGAGUGGCGCGGACCAGCAGUGCGCCUGCGCGCAGCAUGCACGUGCUCCCGCCACAGGCGCUUUCCAGAGUGCGGCAGGGGACAGAGGCAGACCUGAGCUUCGAAGUGAUGCUGAGCGGUGGUGAGGGGACGGGUGGUAGGCGGAUAGAGGAGGAAGAAGGGGAGGAGAAGGAGCAGGAAGGGCGGGAGGAGGUGGAAGAGGAGGAGGAGGAGGAGGAGAGAGGGAGCGGGAGAAGAGGGAAGGAGAGCAGAGAUUCAAGCAAAGAGGGGCGGAGUUUGAGACGAGAGGUGUAUUCAAGCAGGGAGACUGGUCCAAGCAAGGUCACUGGUUCGGGUAGGGAGGAUCGGAAGUUUGGGCCGGGCAAGAAGUUUGUCUGGGGUGGGAGAGAUCUGGGCGGUGGAAGCAGCUCGAUGGAACUCUCCUUUUCACGUAUUCCCGUUGGGCGGUUGAAUCUGAGCGAUAUUGAUGAAGAUAUGGCGUCUGCUGCUUUGGAGAGAGAGGAGGGAGAAGAGGAGGGGAGAAGAGAGGGUGGAGGAGGGGGGGGUGCAGGCUCUGAUCUCGCUGCUGCUGCUGCUGCUGUGGCAGGGGUACACGAGGACGGGGAUGGGAUGGGCGGGGGAAUGGAAGGGGGAGAGGGGGCGGGGGACAGGGGCGGGGGAGGGGCAGGCGGAGGGGGAAAAGGGGGGAGAGGCGGGAGAGGAGCGGGGGGCGCGGAGCUGUUUGUGGGGGGAGCAGCGGUGUCUCAAGGAGAAGUGAUUGAUUCGCCAGGGAAGCACAAGGGGUCAAGACUGGCAGCAGGACAGUGGCAUAGUAUCACCUCCUCUGCUGUUGCUGCUGCUGCUGCUGCUCUCUCAGAGGGCGGCGAGUCUGGUGAAGCACGGGCGGAGGGGGUGCAAGAGGAGGGAGAGGAGAGAGGGGAGAGAGACAGGUCAGCUGAGAGGAGGGAGAGGGCUUCGAGCAGUCGGCUUGAGAGGGAAGAGAGAGGCGGUAGCAGCAGGAGGGUAAGAGACGACAGGGCAAGGGAUGACAGGGUUCCUUGUAGAGAGGAGAGGGCACUAGCGUCCACAGGGGCAGAGCGGCCUUUCACUAGCGAGCAAUCCCGGCCGUCGGUUUCUGAUAGGCAGCAGCAGCAACCGCUCAGAUCGCACCGUCCGUACACGGCGAAUGUGCCCUCAGGGCUGGGCCGUGGGGCGAGUCAACAAGGGUCUAUUAGCUCUCCAGCUGCUGCAGCGCCAGGGGCAGUAGGAACAGCAGGUGCAGCAGCAGGGGCAGCAGCAGCAAGGGCAACAGUAUCAGCAGGGGGGCUAGAAGGGUCGCGUGGUUCUGAUCUCUCCUCCCCUCCAACCCUAACCAUUACUCCACACCGCAAGCAGCGCUGGCGCCCGCCGCCUGAGUUCGACGAUGCUGGCCGAGCCGACGGGGGCAGGGCAGGCGUGGGAACAGCAGCAGCGGGAGGAGCAGCAGCAGGAGGAGCAGGGACAGGAGGAGGAGGAGGGGCAGCUGUGUCGAUAAUGUCUCGGCUGGUGAAGGACGCAUUGGCAGGAGGGGGGAGCGACCGGUUCCUGUCGGCGCGGUGCCAGCACGACGACAUUCUCCUGUUUGUGGGCGUGGCUGCGGCUAUCAGCGCGUGGCGCCCUGCCACAGCCGCUGUGAUCCUCCUGCGCGUGCUCGACCGCAUUGCCUUCUUUGAACGGCUUCUGGAGCAGCAGCAGCAGCAGCGGGGAGGGGGAGGGGGGGGUGGUCUUACUCCCAGCAGAGGAAGCGGUGUGGUGACUCCGACGAGAGCGGGUGGGAGCACGCCGACGAGAGGAGGGGGUAUGGGUGGGUUCAGCAGUACGCCUUUGAACAGCACGCCUUCCUCCCCCACCUAUGGCAUGCGUCCCUGGACCACCCCUAUCCAUGCUGCUGGUGCUGCUGGUGCAGGUGCUGGUGCUGAUACCAUGAAUAUUACCACCAGUAUUAGCAUCAGCAUCAGCAGCACUGGUUCUCACCUGCCUCCAGGUGCAGCCUCCCCCCGUUCCACCUCCCCUCAUAAUGUUUCUGUUCUCCUGGGCGGCAAGCGGGCGGGCGCGAACCUGCCUGCGUGCCGCUCGUUUGUCGUGUCGUGCCUGCUGGCGAUUUUGUCCUCUUGUGAGGACCGGGCGGCGACAGCCAUGGCGGCCGCGACACCAGCGGUGCAGCGGCUGCUGAUGUGGCAGGAGGCGAGUGGGUGCGACAGGGAAGGAGGCGGGGAGGGUGGGGAAGUGUUAGAGGUGGUACUAGAGGAAAGAGAUGAUGGGGAGGAGAUCUCUCUCACUCCUGCAUCUGCAUCCUCUGCCUCUGCCUCUGCUAUUGCGGGUAGCAGCAGCAGCACCACUGGAAGCCUUCGGAAGCAGCCAAAGAAGCGUCGUGGCCGGCUCCCCAGCUUCUCCGCGCCCUCUCCCUCUGUCCCAGGCCCGUCCUUCCGAACCGCCUGGUCCCCCAUGUCCCUCGCCUCUCUCUCCGAAGUUGCUCUAGCUGAAGGCCUAGCCGCUGCCAAGCACUCGAGCCUGGAGGAGCGAUGCGAGGAGCAGGAUCGGCUGUACCUUCAGCUCAGCCUCGGCCCGGGCCUGCUGGCUAUGACGCUGUCGGCAGCCAUGCGGGACCUGCCGAACCUGCACCCAGACGAUACCAUGGCUGUAGCUUCGGCGGUGGAAGGCAUGGGGGUGGAGGAGGCGGCGUUUCAUGCGGGGUUGCGGGCGGUGGCGAGUGGGAGGCUGGGUGCAGAGGGGUUUGAUUCGGUUGUGAGGAUGGUGUUUGUGGGGCGUGGGGUGCAAUCUGUGGCCAUGAGGUUCGCUAAGCUGACAGCUGCAGUGAAAUCAGUGCGGUUCUUGGGCGGCGGGAGCGGGGCGGCCGGCACACCGCCCGGAGGAGCUGCCGGGGCGGGGAUGCUCGGACUGGGCGGCAGCGCAGGCGGCAGCGCGGCAGGCAGUGCGGGCGGCAGUGCAACCGGCAGCGUGUCUGUAGUAGGCACGUCGGAGAGAGCAGCAACGUCUUGGGGGAGAGCUGGGGUUUCCGCUUCAGCUAAAGAGACUGGCCCUGCCAGUGGUAAGGGUGGUGGAGGAGGGGGGGCGUUGGGAGGGGUCCUUUCUCUCUUCGGGUCACAAAAACAGCGUCCCAGCACCAGCUAUGUCAGCACAGGCGCUUCUAGCUUUGGCGCCAAAGCUGCCGGCAGCCUCGCCGGUUCGAACACUCCCAAGUGGGCGUCUGCUGCUCUUGCUGCUGCCUCUGCCUGGGGUUCUGCCAUGCAAAGCCACGGGGGGGUGGAUAAGGAGAAAGCAGGGGCGGAUAGUAAAUCGGAUACUAGGAGUAUCGCUGGAAGCUGCCGGGAAGGUGCUGCUGCGGAUGGUGGGAAUCCUGCUGCGGUUGGGAGUGCAGGAGGGGGGAGUGGGAGUAGCAGCAAGAGGCAGCACGCAUGGGCGUAUGAGGUGCUGCUCAACUUCCUCCGCAUCAACAGCUGGGGGGCUCCCAUGGAAGAGCGGGAGCUGGACGUGUGUGCUCGGGUGAGUUGGGUGGGGGUGUGUGCUCGGGUGAGUGGAGUGGGGGUGUGUGCUCGGGAGAGUGGGGUGGGGGUGUGUGCGUGGGUGAGUGGGGUGGGGGUGUGUGCGUGGGUGAGUGGGGUGGGGGUGUGUGCGUGGGUGAGUGGAGUGGGGGUGUGUGCGUGGGUGAGUGGAGUGGGGGUGUGUGCUCGGGUGAGUGGAGUGGGGGUGUGUGCGUGGGUGGUGCUCAACAAGUGGCUCGGCGAAGGCUCCGAGGCUGACCGCGAGGCUCGGGCAGUGGCUCGGGUGGAGAGGAUGGGCGAUCCAGGUUCGGAGGUGGGGUGGCCCAUGUGGCUGCGCAUCGGACGGCUGGUGGAGAGCGAGAUGAGCCACAUGCCCCGCCUCAUGGAGGCCAUGCACGCCCUCUCCAUCUGGCUCAACUACGAUAAACUAGAGGAGGAUGGGUCGUGUUCGGAUGCCACAGCAGGAGAGGUGCUGGACUGGGGCAUGCACGGGCUGCUGCACGUGCUGCCAGAGGGCUCCUCCGCGCAGACUCUGCUUGACUUGCUUGACCCGGAGGACGAUGACUGGGUUGACCUGUCUCUUGCUGUUGUGGCGCGCAUCGCUGCCUGCCCCAGCGUGCUCUGGCCUGUCAAAGGAGGGUCGGCGCUGUUUGUCGCCAAGCUGCUCACUCUGGUGGAGGACUGCGCCGAGAUGACGCGUGACCAGCAGAGCCGCGCAGUGCAGGUGGCGGUACAGCUGUGGGGGUGGGCCAUGCCCAAGCGCGAGCAGCUGCUGGAGCAGUGCGAGACCGAGGAGGAGGUCAUGGAGGUUCUCGACCGCUCAGCUGCUGCCACGUGGCGCUCUGUUGCUCUAGGAGUCUGCGCGGCAAGAUCGAUGGCGGAGUCAAACGCGUGGCUCGCGGCGGUGAGCGCCUGCUACAGCGCCGCGGGCAUCGUGCCGUACUGCUACGACGAUGCCGGCCGCUUGUUUUUUCUGCUCCACACAGAAGGGUGCGGGCAUUGCCCCCCCCGCGCUAUCGCACCCGCGGGCAAUCAAGCAUCCGCGAGCGGGCGCACGCCUGGGUCUCCCCGUGCAAUCCCAUCCGCGUGCGACGCAUCAAAGCAGAAUAAGGAUGAAGAGGAGAACAGGCAAGAGAGUAGAAAUCCUUCGGAUCAGCCGCAAGAGAUAGUAGUGAAGCAGGAACCGGAUCAAGAGAAUGAGGAGGAGCAAAAGCAAGCGAGUGCAAACCCCUCGGAUCAGUCGCAAGAGAUAGUAGUGAAGCAGGAACCGGAUCAAGAGUAUGAGGAGGAGCAAAAGCAAGCGAGUGCAAACCCCUCGGAUCAGUCGCAAGAGAUAGUAGUGAAGCAGGAACCGGAUCAAGAGUAUGAGGAGGAGCAAAAGCAAGCGAGUGCAAACCCCUCGGAUCAGUCGCGAGAGACUGCAGCGGAGAGCGGUGCGGCGAAGCGGAAGAGGUUGAACGACCAGUUGCGGAUGGAGUUGGCGCAGGAAGACCCGCGGAGUCGGAAGAAGCGGCUGGAAGCGCUCAAGGCGGAGCACCGGCUGCGGGAAAGCGCGCGGAAGCGGGAGGAGAAGCGGAUGCAGGAUCAAGAACGUGAGGGGGAGCGAAUGCGAGAGAGUCAAAAUCCCUCGGAUCAAUCGCAAGAGACUGUAGCGGAGGGCGGAGCGGCGGAGCGGAAGAGAUUCAUUGAGCUUGCGCGGAUGCAGUUGGCGCAGGAAGAUCCGCAGAUGCGGAAGAAGCGGUUGGAAGCGGUCAAGGCGGAGCACCGGCUGCGGGAGAAGGGGCGGAAGCGGCAGGAGAAGCGGAGGCGGAAGAUGCAGAAGAGCGGAGUGUUUCUGCUGGACUUCGGGGGGAAGAAGGAGGCGGCGGACAACAACUCCCCCGCCCGCACUGCUGCGCGGGAAUACGUGGAGGAAUAUGAGGCCGGCUAUUACAACCUCAAGGGUGCCACGUGGGAGAAGCGCAUUGCUGACGUGGCAGCAGCACUCGCGGACCAAUCAGAGGCCUUCUACAGCGGGAACAGCGGGCACGUGUUCUUCCUGUGCCACGAAGACAGGCUCAAAGACCCCGAGCAGGGCGGCGCCAGUGUGACAGACAACAGUGUGACAAUCAACAGCGUGACAAACGACAGUGUGACUAAAACGAACGGAGCGAACGGCACUGCAGGUGGUGCUGUGACAGUAAAGAAAAAAACUGCAUCUGGCACGACCCCAGCAGUACCUGCUUCAGUUGUCACUCGGCUCAACGCCAGGUGGGUGGAUGCAUCCAAAGUGGUGGAUCAUCUUUUGAAUAAGAAGAGAUUAAAGCCUGCACUGCACUAUCGGCUCAGCCCGUCCGGCCCUUCAGGCGGGGUUCUCAAACUCGUGGCCUGCAUUGCACGGCUUCAGGAGAUUGGGAAUGCUCGCGUGGAUCCUCCUGUGGAUCCUCCUGUGAAUCCUCCUGCUCCGCGCCUCAAAAGCCAUCCGGACCUUCAGGUGGCGUUCCUGAACUCGUGGCCUGCAUCGCAAGGCUUCAGGAGAUUGGGAAUGCUCGCGUGA